AUGGAGCAAACAGUUGAUAGAGAGGACAGAAUAUCAGAGUUGCCUGUACACAUAGUUUAUGACAUCUUGCGUCGGAUUCGUAAAUACGGGCUAAAAGAAGAAGUUCGAACUUGCGUCUUGUCUAAAACAUGGAGUUCAAUUUGGAGAUCGCGACCGGACGUGAUAAUUAAUCAAUCCAGCCACAACAGUUUCAUGAAAUCCACGGAGAAAUUUAUCAAAUUUGCUGACGAUUCCUUGCGCCCCUAUGUCGAGCAAAACUUAAGAGUCGAAACACUCCGCCUCCUAAGCCUUCGUGAUCAGGAAUUGGCUUCUCAUAUUGAUCGGUGGUUGAACUUGGUGAUUAAACUUAAUGUCAGAUCUCUAGAAAUUUACGCGAUGUAUAAUUUGAAAUAUAGCGUGCCUGAUGCUAUUUAUGCAGCUAAGACGCUGACUGAGUUAUCGCUACGCGGGUGCAACUUUGAAAUAGAUAAUAGCACCAACAAAUUGCAAAGAUUAAUCACUACUUGUCCGUUAAUCAGGGAUCUAAAAAUAAGUCGUUGUUGGGGGAUCCAGAAUUUGCUUGUUUUCGGUCUAGUAAAUCUGGAGAAAUUGGAGCUACGUUCGUGUGAAGGACUCGAAAAGGUGGAAAUCCAGGCUCCAAAUCUGCGAGAAUUUGUAUAUGUUGGUGUGCCUUUGCACAAGUGCCCGAAGGUACGUGAGCCAAAAUUGCUGCCUUGCACAAUUGAUAUUUUAGAUGGUUAUAAGACUUUAGAAUAUCUCUACUUGGAAGCUACUACCAUGACAGAUAAACAAUUUGAAUAUCGGUUAUCUAAGUUUACAGCCCUUGAAGUUUUAGAUCUCAGGGAAUGCUAUAUAAUGAAAAAUAUAAAAGUUAUGAGUGAAAAACUUAAGAAAUUCACCUUGUGGAAUUGGAGGAAUUUGGAGCAAGUCAACGUGCUGGCUCCAAAUCUGGUGGCGUUCGAUUUUGAAAGUGGCAAAACAUGUAUGCCCUUCUCAACUAUGGAUCCUUCUAACCUCGAACGAGCCAAAAUCAAUUUUUAUUUGCGGUCAUCUGAUGAUUCUUACCACUUUGGAGAUGUGGACACAAGUUGGUACAAUAAUCUUCAAGGCUUUGUUCAAAAGUUCAACUAUUCUAACGGCUUGAUAUUAGUAAUUCGUUGCAGGAAGGAUCAGAGUAUUCUUAUUUAUGAAGAUCCAAGAGAAAUUAUUGUUCCACCAACUCGAGAACUAGAGAUAUGCAUUAAAAAUCCUUCGAUGUAUCCUGAAAAAUUCACACAUGAUUUGAUGCUUGGGCGACCCAACAUAAUAUCCAUUGUGCCAUGUAGAGAGAGCAAACUAGUCCAGGUGUUCCAGGAAACAAUAACAAGAUACAAAGCGGAGCAAAAUAGAAGACUAGAUGAAGUCAUUAAUCACAAAGGCGCAACUGAAAAUGGCGAAACAUCCCGUUUGUACUCUUGGCUGAAAUCCACGCCCCUAAUUGAGCGGAUUACCACUUUUACGUUUAAGUGGAAGGAACCUCCUUUUUCUUAG